GACAAGUCUUUGGUCAUCGUUACUAGCUUGGCGGAGUAUAUGGAUCAGUCUGGGAGACUGCAGUAUGAUAUUUCGAAGUGCUCUGGGAGGGCAGUGAUGAAAGUUUUGAGGCAAGGGGCUUGGGAGAGUGGGGUGAGGGUGAACUGUCUUGCUCCUUGGAUGAUUCAUACCGACAUUAUCCAUGUGGUAGGCUGGGAAUGGUGGUCUUCAGCCGGGAUUGGGAAUGCCUCAUUUGAGGAUGCUGUAAAGGCGGUGUUGAAACUCGCGACCGAUACGAGCGUGAAUAGCGAGAUUCUGUGUUUCAUCUCUCGCUUCAAAGCUGAUUGUGCAGUAUUUGGUGCAAAUAAGUUUGUUUAUAUACACAUUGCAUUCUUCUCUAACACGCAAAGGGGAAGCACCUUCUAUUAA